AUGUGGUGGCACAGCUGGAGCCAUCCUGACCUGUCCCCUGGAAGUGGUGAAGACACGACUACAGUCAUCCCAACUGGUACUGCGGCCUCUGUGCCUCUCAGAGAUACAGCUGCCAGGGAUGAGUGUGAGGCUGAUGAACCCCACACCACCAUCUCCUGGAGUGCUCAAGCUGCUGAGGGCCAUUGUUGAGAAGGAAGGAGUGCGAUCCCUGUUCCGAGGUCUGGGUCCCAACCUUGUUGGGGUUGCUCCUUCCCGGGCUAUAUAUUUUGCUGCCUAUUCUCAUGUUAAGGAGAGGCUCAAUGCUGUCCUUGUACCGGAGUCCAAGAAAGUACACAUGCUGUCAGCAGCCUGUGCAGGCAUUACCUCUGCCACACUCACCAAUCCUAUCUGGUUAGUGAAAACCAGGAUGCAGCUGGAAGCCAGGGUGAAGGGAGAGAUGGCCAGCAAUGCUCUUCAGUGUGCCAUGCAUGUGUAUCGCACUGAAGGCCUUCGUGGAUUUUACCGUGGUAUCACUGCCUCCUAUGUUGGAGUGUCAGAGACCAUUAUCCACUUUGUCAUCUAUGAAGCACUGAAACAGCAGCUGAGAAACAGCCAUCAUUCCCUUUCCCCACCACUCACACUUUCACCAAACAGCCAUGAUUUCUUUGGACUAAUGGGAGCUGCUGCUGUCUCCAAAACAUGUGCUUCAUGCAUUGCAUAUCCACAUGAGGUCAUUCGGACACGGUUGCGAGAAGAAGGGUCACGAUACCGUUCCUUCAUACAGACUCUGCAGCUUGUGGUCCAUGAAGAGGGACCUUUGGCUUUAUACCGAGGGCUCCUGGCUCACUUGAUCCGCCAGAUCCCAAACACAGCUAUCAUGAUGGCUACCUAUGAACUCAUCGUACAUUUGGCCUCUUCCACCUUGUAA